AAUCUCAGAAUAACAGUCCGAAUGAUCCGAAAUACGAAGCCCGGUGAAGGCAUCUUCACAAGAGUAUUUGCACCUACUACUUCCCGGUAAUCUGUAUUCAUUUUAUAUGACAUGUCCAUACUGCUGCCUUAAGACGAAUGACUAGGCCAGCAAAGUGACUGUCCAAUGGGCAAAAAUCCUGAGAAGCUGCAGUUCCUCACCAGUUUUUCCAAUACUGGAUCUACGUCUAAUCUCUGGGCCAAAAAUGAUGGGUGCAAAAGUCGUCACAGCCCGGAGCACCGCCCAGGGCCUUGCACAGCAGCAUGGUGGAGUCAGUGAUGUCGUAGUGAAAACCCCCUUCAAUCAGGUGUCCUGCUGUGGACUUGUUUCUUGGACCAGUGGCUGCCACUCUCUGACAGAGUCUACUUGUAGCCGCCUACUCUACAUCCUUCUCCACGUGGGGGCCUCGGCAGUCUGCUGCCUCCUGCUGUCGAAGACAGUGGUAGAAAAGGUCUUGGGCAAAGCACAAGGGAUCCAGAUGCCCCCAGUGCUAUGCGCCCUUCUGUUUGGCAACUCUGACUGUCCAGUGCUCAGUGGCUCUGGGGCUGUGUACCGAGUAUGUGCAGGAACUUCCACCUUUCACCUGCUGCAGGCUGUGCUGCUAGUCCGCCUCCACUCCCCUACCAGCCCUCGGGCACAGCUGCAUAACAGCUUCUGGAGCCUCAAGCUGUUGUUCCUGUUAGGUCUCUGUGCUGUUGCCUUCUGUAUCCCUGAUGAGCAUCUCUUCCCAGCCUGGCAUUAUAUUGGCAUCUGUGGAGGCUUCACAUUCAUCCUAUUACAGCUGGUGCUUAUCACAGCCUUUGCCCAGUCCUGGAACAAGAAUUGGCAGACUGGUGCAGCUCAAGACUGUAGCUGGUUCCUAGGUGUGUUACUAGCCACACUAGGAUUCUACAGUAUGGCAGGUGUGGGAGCUGUGUUACUGUUCCACCACUACACACACCCUGAUGGUUGCCUGCUCAACAAGAUGUUACUCAGCCUGCACCUUUGCUUCUGUGGCCUCCUGUCUCUCCUCUCCAUCACACCUUGCAUCCGCCUCAAGCAACCGAACUCUGGCCUUCUACAAGCCUCUAUCAUCAGCUGCUAUAUCAUGUAUCUGACCUUCUCUGCGCUGUCCAGCCGUCCCCCAGAGACAAUAACCUCUCAAGGACAGAAUCAUACCUUGUGCCUGCCUGGCAGGAAUAAAAUGGAACCACAAAUACCGGAUACCUCAGUAGCAGUGUUUAGUGCUGGCAUCAUGUAUGCUUGUGUGCUCUUUGCUUGCAAUGAGGCUUCCUACCUGGCAGAGUUAUUUGGACCCUUGUGGAUCAUCAAGGUUUACAAGUAUGAGUUCCAGAAGCCCUCAGUCUGUUUCUGCUGCCCCCAAACAGUGGAACCAGAGGAUGGGCAAAGGAGUAGGGCCAGGCCAGCUGACCAGGAGACCCCUCCAGCUGCUGCUCAGGUGCAGAGCCAGCAUCUCUCCUACAGCUACUCUGGCUUCCACUUUGCCUUCUUCCUGGCUUCACUCUAUGUCAUGGUUACCCUUACCAACUGGUUCAGCUAUGAGGAAGCAGAGCUGGAGAAGACCUUCACUAAGGGUAGCUGGGCUACCUUCUGGGUAAAAGUUGCCUCAUGCUGGGCCUGUGUACUCCUCUAUCUGGGGCUGCUCCUGGUACCACUGUUGGCUCCCCACUCAGAACCACAAUUACCCUAGCAUCUUUAGGCAACACUGCCGUGGUAUCAGUACUGCCACAUAAAAACUGGCUCCUGAUCUGUAUUAACAAACUGGGAGACCCUUUAGAUUAUGCUCUUAAUCUUAACUCCAAGAGCCGCCCAGCUGAGCUCAAUACAUCAAGGACAAAUGGGCAGUUAUCACCACUUAGGCUCAAUAAGUAUCUAAACUGGAAGAAGUAGACGAACUAGUGGCUUCAUUAAAACUCAAAGAGUUUUAACUCCCAGGAAGUAAACCCAGGAGCCUUACCUGAUCCUAGCAGUGUGGCACAAGCCCCUUCCUGAUUCCUGAGCUGGAAAUAGGGUCAGGGAAAGACCUACAGAGAUCAAAGAUUUGGGUCUGCUCUUAGCAAUCAUAAGGAAACAAGUGGCUCAGCUCUGAGCAGAGGUGGAAGAAGCCCAGACCACAGAACAAGCCAGGGUAUGGGAAGAAAGGGGCAGAGGCUACCACAGAUUUUAAUCCUGAUCUUGAAGUCAAAGGAAAUGGAAGACAAAAACCACCUUCAUUCCACGAGGAAUGACAGAACAGAAGAGAAUGUGACUAUCAAGAGCAGCUGACCAUGGGAAGUUGGUGAGCAGUAGGACUUUUUUCGGCCAACUUUCAAGCAAACAAAGAAUGAGGAAGAGACAUAAACUUGGGUCUUAGAUCCUUCCCCUCUUAUGGCCCUCAAUACCAUCCUGGGGAUGGUGUCCAAGGUCAAUGUCGGGGAUAUAAAUCACAGAAAAGAAGUCUCUAUAGUUCUUAAAGGAUUACUCUGCCCUAUAACUGGAGUGCUUUUCUGAUUGCAAUA